UGUGGUCUGAUUUGUUGCAGGUGAUAAUGCUGUUGAAACCAACCAAGGACUUUACCUUGUUUACAUGCAUGCUGGGACCAAUCCUUUUGAAGUCAUCAACCAGGCUGUGAAAGCUGUUGAACAACAUUUGCAAACUUUUCAUCACCGAGAGAAGAAGAAGUUGCCCUCAUUUCUUGACUGGUUUGGCUGGUGCACAUGGGAUGCUUUCUACACUGAUGUCACUGCCGAAGGUGUUGAAGAAGGCCUUAAGAGCUUGUCUGAGGGAGGUACACCUCCACGUUUCCUGAUAAUAGAUGAUGGUUGGCAACAAAUUGGUAGUGAGGUCAAGGAAGACACUAAUUGUAUUGUGCAAGAAGGCGCACAGUUUGCCAACAGGCUAACAGGAAUAAAGGAGAACACAAAAUUCCAAAAAAAUAAAAAGAAUGAAGAAAAUGAAUCAGGCCUCAAACAUGUCGUGGAUGAAGCCAAGCAACGCCACAGUGUUAAGUAUGUAUAUGUAUGGCAUGCACUAGCAGGUUACUGGGGUGGAGUGCAGCCAGCCGGUCCUGGUAUGGAACAUUAUGAUACUGCUUUGGCGUACCCUGUGCAGUCUCCAGGUGUACUGGGCAACCAACCCGAUAUUGUUAUGGAUAGCCUAGCAAUUCACGGUUUAGGUCUGGUGCACCCUCAGAAGGUUUUCAAUUUCUACAAUGAGCUUCAUGCCUAUCUGGCUUCUUGUGGGGUAGAUGGAGUCAAAGUCGAUGUACAGAAUAUCAUUGAGACUCUUGGUGCUGGCCAUGGUGGUCGAGUUUCUCUUACUCGUAGCUACCACCAGGCACUAGAAGCCUCAAUAGCUCGAAAUUUUCCUGAUAAUGGAUGCAUUGCUUGCAUGUGUCACAAUACUGAUGGCAUAUACAGCGCCAAGCUGACUUCUGUAGUUCGAGCUUCUGAUGAUUAUUAUCCUCGUGAUCCUGCUUCUCACACCAUCCAUAUCUCGUCUGUAGCCUACAACACAGUGUUCUUGGGAGAGUUCAUGCAACCUGAUUGGGAUAUGUUCCACAGCUUACACCCAGCUGCUGAGUAUCAUGCUGCAGCUCGAGCUGUUGGAGGAUGUUCAAUUUAUGUUAGUGACAAGCCUGGUAACCACAACUUCGAGCUUUUAAAGAAACUGGUGCUUCCCGAUGGAUCAGUUCUUCGUGCACAAUUACCCGGGCGCCCCACCAUUGACUGUCUCUUCAUUGAUCCUGCUAGAGACGGGACAAGCUUACUUAAAAUCUGGAACGUGAACAAAUUUUGUGGAGUGGUUGGCAUUUUCAACUGUCAAGGUGCUGGUUGGUGCAAGGUGACAAAGAAAACGCGAAUUCAUGACGCCUCUCCAGGAACUCUGUCUGGUUCUGUUCAAGCCACUGAUGUGGAUGCUAUAGCUCAGAUCGCUGGAAAAGACUGGAAUGGGGAUACAAUAGUUUAUUCCCCUAGAACAGGGGAGGUGGUUCGAUUGCCAAAAGGUGCUUCACUGCCUGUUACCCUUCAAGUCCUCGAAUAUGAACUCUUCCACUUCUGUCCCGUCAAGGAUGUUACACGAAACAUUUCCUUUGCACCAAUCGGCUUACUUGAUAUGCUCAACUCUAGCGGUGCGGUGGAGCAAUUCGAAGUAUAUCUAACGUCUCAGACGAAACCUGAGAACAUUGAUGGUGAAAUUAUCUCUGAGCUUCCUUUAAGUGAAAAUAUGUUACCAGUAGCUACCAUUGUUCUUAAGGUGAGAGGAUGUAGACGUUUUGGCGUCUAUUGUUCUCAGUGUCCGAUCAAAUGCAAAGUGGGCAAUAUCGAGACCGACUUUAACUACGAAGGUGCGAUUGGAUUGGUGACUAUGAAAAUCCCAGUACCACAAGAGGAAAUGUAUAGAUGGCCAAUUGAGAUCCAAAUCUAAGUUCGUUAACUAAUAGAAAAGUUAGAAGUCACUAAAGAAAAGAUUCGUGCUCCAGAAAAAGGUUUUGUAUUGUAGAGAGUGGAUGGUAUGUGAGGUGUAAGUUAAAUGAGUUCUCAUCGCAAACGAUGAAUGGACUCUAUCAAUCACUAUUUUCAUGUAAUGAACUCCUUUAAUCAAUGGAAAAUAUUAAUAAUCUUCGUUUA